AUAAAAUUGAAAGUCUAUUAAUCUCCGGAAAUAGACAUCGAUGCAAUUACAUACCAGAAAAGAAGUCAGUACAACCAAACGAUUGGUAGCUUCGACUUAUUGGCUGUGGACGCAAUUCCAGAUUCUUCUAUCAUCAGUACCGCACCGGGUUAAUCCGCUUGUUUUCAGAAAAGAAGAGGAAACAAUCUUUUUUGCAUCGGACCUUAUAGUUGACCAAAUAUAAUAUGAUAAUCGGGUAGACAUAGAAUAAUAGGUUCAGAGGGAACCUAAUUAAUUGGAACACACACUAGCGAAGUAAUAUGAGCAAUCAUCAAACGACGGUGCUGAAGCAACUGGAGCCAUGGUGUGAGCUCAAAGACAAAGUAGUUCUUCUGACAGGAGCUUCUUCUGGUAUAGGAAGAGAGGUCUGUCUUGAUCUGGGCAAAGCUGGCUGUAAGAUUAUCGCAGCAGCUCGCCGUGUCGACCGUCUCGAAUCUCUCUGCUCUGAAAUCAACAGCCUAAGUUCAACCGGAAUCAAAUUAGCCGCACCACUCGAGCUAGACGUUUCAUCAGACGCAGCCACCAUUCAAAAAGCGGUCAAAGAAGCUUGGGACAUCUUUGGAAAGAUAGAUGUGUUGAUCAACAACGCUGGAAUCAGAGGCAAUGUCAAAACGAGUCUGGAUUUGUCUGAAGACGAGUGGGAAAGAGUAUUCAGAACCAACUUAACCGGUCCUUGGUUAGUAUCCAAACACGUAUGCAGUUUAAUGCGUGACGCUAAACGUGGCGGCUCGGUGAUAAACGUCUCGUCCAUCGCCGGUCUCCACCGCGGUUUGUUACCGGGUGGAGUUGCGUAUGCUUGUUCCAAAGGUGGUGUUGACACAAUGACGAGGAUGAUGGCUAUUGAGUUAGGUGUGUACAACAUAAGAGUGAACUCGAUCGCACCCGGGCUUCUUAAGUCAGAGAUCACACAAAGUCUUAUGCAAAAAGAGUGGCUCAAGAACGUGACGGAGAGGAGUAUCCCGUUAAAGGUGCAACAGACCGUGGAUCCGGGGCUUACCUCGCUGGUUCGCUAUCUCAUUCAUGACUCCUCUCGAUAUGUCUCCGGGAACACAUACAUUCUCGACUCCGGAGCUACAGUACCUGGCCUGCCCAUUUUUUCUUCUCUUUGAGCCUCAAAUCUUGUGUGUUGUGUAAUAAGUGAAUACAUUUACACAUUUUCUUUACAAACAUUGUCUUCCGAAAAUAAUCUGGCACACACACAAUCGAUGUACCUUGGAGAAAUAAGCUUCAUCACCGUGGAAAUCUACACCUAUUUGCUACAGAACUAACCGUGGUUGCAUCAUUUCUAUAUCAGUCGAUGUUGGCGUAGACCUUUACCGAAAUGUGG